AUGGAGGAACCCCCACCGCCGGAGCUCUCCGCCUCCGCCGCCGCCGCCGCCGCCAUUGCCACCUCGAGGAUUCCUGUGCGGCAUCACUUCCUCACCAGCUACAACAUUUUCCAUCAUCAGCUGCAUNCCGCCGCCGCCGCCGCCGCCGCCGCCGCCGCCACCUCUAAGCGCCAGCGCCGCCCCAGCGUUCGCCUCGGAGACAUCGGCGAGGCCCCCGCCUCCUCCUCCUUCCCCUACGACCCCUCCCACCUCCGCCGCACCAAACCCUCCAAACCAUCCUCCUCAAAGCCGCGCCACGCCCCCUCCUCCUCCGCCGCCGCCGCCACCGUCGAGGACCGGGCCCUCCUCCCCGUCGACGAGAACCUGGAGCCCCUCGGCGCCGCGCUUCGCCGCGCCACCCGCGAGGCCAGGGCCCGGCGCCGCCGCCCCAGAUCGUCCUGGUUCGCCGCCGCUGCUGCCGAAUCCCACCCUAACGGCACGGGGGGCUUCGCCGACGACGACGCGUACAGGAAGGUCGAGGGCGACGAGGCUAGAGUUAGGGUUAGGGUUUUUGAGAGCAGGGAGGGAGGAGCGCCUCCGGCUACCGAUCCCGUUGAAGGGGACACACCAUCUGGAUCAGACGGUGAGGAUUGGAACGAUCGGAACGGGCAGUGGCGAUCGGUGGAGGAUGCUGGCGGCGUUCAGUCAUGGCUGGACCGCUUAGGGCUCGGCCGCUACGGCCUGGUUUUUGAGAUCCACGAGGUGGAUGAUGAGGUUCUCCCCUUACUCACCUUAGAGGAUUUGAAGGAUAUGGGGAUUAAUGCAGUUGGAUCGAGGAGGAAACUGUACUGUGCAAUCCAAAAUCUCAAGAAAGAGAAAGGCAUAUCAUAAGAGAGAGAGAGAGAGAGAGAGAGGGAGAGAGAGAGAAGCAGAAUUGGGUGGAGAUAUGUUGCUGAAAAGGAUUACAAAGCCGGAAGCUUCGACCUUUCUGAUAGUAAUGCAAGGUGGAUGCUUGAAAUGGUUGGUUAGUGCUACUCUGUUUCCUGUGAAAAUCUGCUUGUUCUUUUUCUGUAUAAUUACUAGUGUUCAUUUUCUUUUGCUUAGGUUACAUAUCCAGUUAUCCACAAAACUGUGAUAUUUACUUUUAGGGGCCGUUUGUUGCACCAAUUUGUAGCACUCUAUUUUUAUAUUACAAAUGGUGAGAUGGUCUCCUUGCAACUCAGGCUGGGAGGGCGCAAGUGACUUAUAAAUUCCAGUUAAUUAGGGACUUCGUAUUUUCGCAUAAAUCUUGUUCCUAUCGUAUAGAGAAAUGCCAAAAACUUGUGCUCUGUGGUAAUAUUUGAUGUUACAAGUCGGGAAUCUCCGAUAUUUUCAUUACUUUCCUUGUUAGGCCCUUGCUCCUUUGGCUCAAAUGCGUGCUGACAAUCUCACCCUUUCAAAUAGAGUGUCUAUAGCAAUCUGGGAUUGGUACAAAUUGGUGAAAUGAAAUAGCCCCCUAGGAGUUUUCUUGACUUUCUGAGGGGAAGUUAUAGUGUAGAUUUUAGAGAUCUGUACACAAGUAUAACUGUUCAAUGGAAUUAUAGAAGUGUUUGUUGUUUUUCACAUAUAGCUUAAAUAGAGCUAUCUCUAAUACAAUUGAAGUUCGAAGGUGGUUUUUUUGUUCUGAUA